AUGGCGACAGUGCUCACUGCGUCGUUGUUGUCCAACAGAUCGGGCAAUGGCGAUAUCUCUGUGAUGAUCACGACUUCUUUCAGUGGCAAAAGUGUUUGUAGCUUCCAGCUGCCUUGUGGAACGUUGGUGGAUCUAGAGAAAGUCCUCUGUGAUCCGCAGGGCCCAAUGUUCUGGUGUUAUCCUUGGUCUCGCCUCCUUUUCUACAUAGAAGAUGAGCCAUUGAGGCCAUUGGACAUGAACCUGCAGCUGGGUACUUUUGACUCGCUUGUGAUCAAGCGUGGCGAUAUGCAAUCUUGUCUUGAGAAGUUCCCAGACACCGGCAAAUUCCUGGAUGCUAUGCGCGGCAAUAAAUUUGACCCGGGGACAGCACAUCUUGAGGGGACAUGGACAGCAAGAUCAGCACCUACAGUUCCUGCUGAUGAAGCUGAAGCCAUGGUUCAUGAAGUCCUGAAUGGAUUGCCACUCCAUGCAGACAGUGGCCUGAAUUUUGUUGCUCGUUGUGCAGCCACCUGGAUGAUUACAGAAGCACCGCCCAUCCUGCUCCUCAAAAGAGGGAGCAGUGGUAAAGUGAUUGGUUGUGGUGUCAUCGGCGAUGCCUUUCCGGACAACUUUACUGCCAACUUGUCAAAUUCGCUUCGGGAAGCUCUGGGAAGCAUCUCCCAGCUGCAAGCAUCAGCAGAGUGGAUCACUGCAGUCGCGUCAGCUUUGAAAUCCUGGGCAGAACGAAACCGAUUGGAGGAAAAGAAUGUGUCACUUGUUUUGGUGUCACUGGACUGGAACCUACAAGAAGGCUUAGCAUCCUUGGAUCAUCUCCUGACCAAGAUUGAAGAGGAACCCUGUGAGUUCGCGGCACUUGCACACCAUCAGGUCUCUAAGAUGGUCCACCUGCAGCUGCGCUUGUCAUUUUGCGGAGUUGCAGAAGUCAAAGGGCCCAUCAAUGAGACAUGUGUCAAGAUACUCGCAGAGCUGCUUGCCUACAAGCUGAAGAUAUUGAAGUUUCAAGGUGUGCCAGACUUGAAGACUCAGCUGAGUUGCUUCGAAUGCGAGGACAAAUCUUGUGUCCGCCACAUCGCAUGGUCCUUUGUUACAGUUCCGAAGAGUAAAAGGUGCAUAGAGGUGCCACAACGCACCAGCCUUUGUCCGCCAGAAAAACCAAGACUGAGUCAGGGCAAAAGUGCAAAAGCCGACUGA